AUGAUAGUGCACGGCAGUUCUGGCGGCGGAUUCAUUGUCCGGAAACCGGUGUUCCUGGUCAGUUACGAACAGGAGGUUUCUCAGAGACUCGUCGAUGCGUUUCAUGAAAAUGAUGUGAAGUUGGCGUCUGAGUGUUUAGCUGAUCCUUUCGUGGAAGUAAACUUCACUGGAACAGUGAACUUGAAGGCGAAGAAGACCGAGAUUUUGUUGCAUGAAGAGGCAGCGCACGAAGUUCUUGUCGAUUACGAGGAAUUUAAGACCGAAGUUACUGCCUUGUUUCUCGCUGCUCAUGUCGGAAACCUGUCUCUCGUGAAGAAAUUGUUGAGCCUAGGAGCCAACGUGAACCACGAACUGUUUCGAGGCUAUGCAACCACGGCAACGGUCAGGGAGGGUCAUAUGGAGAUAUUGGAGGUGCUCCUCAAUGCUGGCGCGUGUCAGGAGGCGUGCGAGGAGGCUUUGCUGGAGGCAAGCCGCCUGGGGUAUACCAGGCACACCAAGCGCCUGAUGGCGACUGACAUGAUCCGCCCGCACGUUGCCUUACGAGCUCUUGUCUCUGCUUGCUGCAGGGGGUUUGUUGAUGUUGUUGACACGCUUAUCAAGUUCGGAGUCGAUGCCAAUGCAACUGAUAGGGUGCUUCUUCGAUCUUCCAAGCCUUCUCUACACGCCAAUAUUGACUGUAAUGCACUAGCUGCUGCAGUUGUUAGUAGACAGACCUCUGUUGUCAGAUUACUUUUGCAGGCUGGCAUCAAGGUGGACCUAAAGGUGAGACUGGGAGCUUGGUCCUGGGAUAUCGAUACAGGGGAGGAAAUUAGGGUCGGUGCAGGACUAGCUGAGGCUUAUUCCAUCACCUGGUGCGCUGUGGAGUACUUUGAAGCCAGUGGUGCCAUCUUGCGCAUGCUCCUUAGACACCUCUCCCCAAACACCCUUCACUAUGGCAGGACCCUAAUCCACCAUGCCAUCUUAUGUAACAAUGCACUAGCAGUUGAAGUGCUUCUGAACUGCGGUGCUGAUGUUGAUUUUCCAAUUAAAACAACUUCAAGAACAGAGCUACGCCCUAUUCAUUUGGCUGCAAAACUGGGAUUUGCUAAAGUUCUUCAAUGCCUGAUUGUACCUGGCUGUGAUAUCAAUUCCCGAACAGCUUUUGGAGAUUCUGCACUUAUGAUUUGCGCUAGAUACAAACGUGAAGACUGCCUUAAAGUACUGGCGUCAGCUGGGGCUGACUUUGGAUUGGUAAACUCUGCUGGCCAAAGUGCAAGCUCCAUUGCAGGGUUAACCAGGUGGACUCAUGGCUUCCACCAAGCAGUUGUGGAUGUGAUUCAAGCAGGGAAGACACCUCAAUCAAGCAAUCCCUCAGUAUUUUCUCCUUUGAUGUUCACUAUUCAAGCAAAUGAGAUUGAGGCCUUGAAAAAACUCCUUAAGCGCACAGAUAUUAACCUUAAUGAACAAGAUGACGAUGGAUAUUCAGCUGUGAUGAUGGCUGCAUCAGGUGGCCAUGUGGAAAUUUUCAGAUUACUUUUAUCUGCUGGUGCUAAUGUAAACUUGUCUAACAAAUACGGUGACACUGCCAUCAGUUUGUUAGAGUUAAACCAGAACGGUGAUGUAUUCGACCAGUUAAUGCUGGAGUUUGCACUUGAAGAGGCCAAUGGUCCCAUCGGGUUUUAUGCUCUACAUCGUGCAGCAAACCGUGGAGACUUAAAUAUGGUUCACACCUUAACUAGUAGAGGUUGCGAUGUUAAUGCCUUUGAUGCUGAUGGAUACACCCCUUUAAUGCUAGCAGCAAGGGGAGGCUAUGGUGGAGUGUGCGAACUUCUAAUUUCUUGCGGGGCAAAAUGUGACAUCGAAAACGCAAGGCAUGAAACAGCUCUUUCGCUUGCAAGGAAAAAAGCUUACGAAAACGAUGCAGAGAAUGUAAUUCUUAAUGAGCUCGCUCGAGCUCUGGUGGUAGAUGGAAGCCGAAUGAAGAAGCACACGAGGUGCGGCAAAGGAUCACCCCAUAGUAAAGUGCUGAGGAUGAUGGAGUCUGCUGGUGUUCUGCGUUGGGGCAAGUCGAGUAGGAGAAACGUGAUCUGCAAAGGAGCUGAGGUUGGUCCUAGUGAAAAGUUUCGAUGGAACCGCAGGAGGAAGUUUGAUGUGGAAGAACCAGGAAUGUUCCAUGUGUUGACUACAAAGAACAAGGAGGUGCAUUUCGUGUGUGAUGGUGGGGUUGAAAUGGCUCAAUUGUGGGUACGAGGGAUUAGACUUGUGACAAGGGAAGCCAUUUUUUGCGAGCAAAAAUAGUGUAAUUUGCUC